AUGGUGAUGGUGGUGGUGGUGGUGAUGGUGGUGAAGAAGCUGGCUCAGAGGCUGCAGGAUGCAGAGGAAGCCGUCAAGUCUGUGAAUGCUAAAUGCUCCUCCCUGGAGUAGACCAAACACAGGCUGCAGAACGAGAUUGAAGAUCUCAUGGUGGAUCUGGAGAGGUCCAACACAGCAGCCGCUGCUCUGGACAAGAAGCAGAGGAACUUUGACAAGGUCCUGAACGAGUGGAAGCAGAAGUUUGAAGAGUCGCAGAGUGAGCUGGAGGGCUCCCAGAAGGAGGCCAGGUCCCUGAGCACUGAACUCUUCAAGCUGAAGAACGCUUAUGAGGAGUCUCUGGACAAUCUGGAGACUCUGAAGAGGGAGAACAAGAACCUGCAAGAGGAAAUCUCUGACCUGACUGAGCAACUCGGUGAGGGAGGCAAGACCAUCCAUGAGCUGGAGAAGGCUAGGAAGCAGCUGGAGCAGGAGAAGUCUGAAAUACAGUCUGCUCUGGAGGAGGCUGAGGUGAGUGAGAGAUACAGAUACCACAGUAACCACAGUAUUCUCAGCUCUCCAUGGUUACCCUGA